AUGGAGCAUGGGCAAUACCUUAGGUUCCUACGACCGUAUCUCUUCCCAUUAUCAUCAUCAAGGACAGCUGUAUACGCGCGGCUCUUUUCUGCUAGUCGCUGUCAUCCCAUAAAAACUGGACAUUCACAAUGCUUAGGGCUACAAAGUACAUCUAGCAGAGCUUUACAUACUUCUACGUCCAGGAGGUCUACUAGUUCCAGUUCUGAGGCCCCGGCAAGAGACCUCGUUGCUUCAUCUAGUCGUCGAGAUCCCAUUGACACGCGGAUUCAGAAGCUAAAGGAAUCGAAUGCUCUCCAUUACCCAAGGCUUGGGCCACGACCAAAUCGAAUAAGCAUAUCCGACUUUCGAGAAAAGUAUGAGUAUGAAGACACUAAAACGGCCUCGGAAGAAUUCGUCUUAGAAGGUCGGAUCCUGUCUAUUAGGCGAUCCGGGUCCAAGUUAAUAUUCUUCAACCUCAUAGGCAAUCAACAACUAGUUCAAGUCAUGGUUAGUCUAAACCAACUUUCGAAACCAAAACCUGAGCCUCAACAGUUCAAAGAUGCCAUGCGUCCUUUCCUUCGUGGCGAUAUCGUCUCAGUCAAAGGAACGGCAAUGCGAACGGACGCGGGUGAAUUGACGUUACGGGCAACCGAACUACCUACCAUUCUAAGCCCCUGCGUAGCAACACUCCCCGAGGUCAUACAUGACCAGAAGACUUUAGUCUUAAAUAGACAUGUCGAUUUUCUGGUUAACCGCCGGGCCACUGACAUACUCCGUCUCCGUUCGCAUAUUAUGCAAUGGAUGCGAGAUUUCUUCUAUGUGCGAGACUUCCUAGAGGUUCAAACACCUAUAUUAGCAGAUCACGCCGGCGGAGCAAUUGCCCGACCAUUCGUGACCUCGGCUACCGAGUUCCCGCGAAAAGAGCUUGCGUUGCGGAUCGCCCCUGAGCUAUGGCUCAAGCGUUUAGUCGUCGGCGGUCAUGAGAGAGUCUUCGAGAUGGGGCCUGCUUUCCGCAAUGAAGGCAUCGACACUGGUCAUAACCCCGAAUUCACCAUGUGCGAAUUUUAUUCUGCUUAUUCCAACUUAAGUGACCUGAUUUCCAUGACCGAGGAUUUGAUCACUGGCCUUCUUAAUAAGACCGAGGAACUUAAGUCCCAGAAGCUCCGCUCUCUUGAGAAGCUAAAUGUCGAGCUACCCAAAACGCGCUGGAAGCAAGUCGAAUUCAUUCCAGCCUUGCAAGAGAUUCUCGAUAUCAAGUUUCCAGAUCUUUCGGACCCCAAUUCACUUCCCACGCUCAUUGAACUGGCCGAAAAUCUAGCGGGCCUUACGCCAGGGCCAAACGCGACGAUGCCUAAAAUCUUAGAUGAGCUUGCUAGCAAGUACUUAGAGAAGGAUUCUGAAAAGUAUCCCCUUUUCAUCACCAAUCACCCCGCUUGUAUGUCGCCCCUCUCCAAAUCUUUCACCUGUCCCAAGACCGGCCAGCUCGUAUCUGCUCGCGCUGAGCUGUUCAUCGGGUGCCGCGAGAUCGCAAAUAUGUACGAAGAGGAAAACGAUCCGUUCGAGCAACGGCGCAAAUUCCAGCUGCAACUGGAAGCAAAGAACUCGGCGGCGGUCGGCGACGGCCAAGCCGAAGUGGAUGAGAGCUACGCCCAGGCUUUGGAAUAUGGGCUACCACCAACGGGAGGAUGGGGUUGCGGCAUCGAUAGGCUGGUCAUGCUGCUCUCUGGGGCGACAAGGAUCGGCGACGUCCUCAGCUUCGGAAACCUGAAGAAUGUUGUGUCGGUACGUCAAGCUGCCAAAGAGUCUUGA